UAGUUAAUAUUUCCGGUUCGGUUGCAAACUGCACACGUGUACUCCUUGAAAUAUCUGAUCAGGUGCAAUUUGUUUACAAAAGAAGCGGGGGCAAUGGCUUUUAGAAUUCAUGAAGAUCAAGAAAACACAGCAUUAGGCCUAAGAAAAGAUGGAUCCGACCUAUUUUCUACCAACCAAAGGCGUGCCCUCGGAGACCUCAGUCAAUUUGCAUGCAACCAUAAUCGGAACACCAAACUAACUGGUCUGACAAACGGAACUUGUAAGGUUCAAGAUGAGAACAGGACGGUACGUCAAAUCAAGAACGAGAAAAACAUCGUUCUUCCCCUAUCCCAGUUUCGUGCCUUUAGCGUAUAUGAAGACAAACCCACCGAGGUGGAGGUGAAAAAGCGGGAGACCACUUACAAACCAUUUGCAACCAAGGAGACUAAAAAAGAAAGCAAUUUCUUUGUGAAUGCUGCUGAAAAUGUGAGAGCUCUGUGUGCACAAGUUGAAAAAAAAUCGCUUGAGGAAACCAAACCAGAUCGAUCGAGAGAAGAACCCCCAUUACGGAAAGCAUUACAAGAAAAGAAAGAUGCUGUUGAAUCACCCAUGUCUGUGGUGGAUGCCAGUAUUCUGUCGAUGUCUAUUUCAAAGAAUGAGAGUCAAAUUAUUGAAGAUGUUGACGAUGAAGAAAUCACCACUGCACAGACCGACAGAGAAAUGUUUUUCUAUGUUGAGGAAUAUAGGCAGGAUAUCUAUGAAUACAUGAGGGAAAUUGAGGUGAAAAACAGGGCCAACCCCCGCUACAUGCGUAAGCAACCAGACAUCACACAUGUUAUGCGCUCAAUACUUGUGGACUGGCUAGUUGAAGUAUGUGAUGAAUAUCAACAGCAGAGUGAAACUUUACAUCUAGCUGUGUCUUACGUAGAUAGGUUCCUGUCAUACAUGAGUGUUGUCAGAACUAAGCUUCAACUUGUCGGAACAGCUGCCACCUAUAUUGCCGCUAAAUAUGAAGAAGUAUAUCCACCAGAAGUCUCAGAAUUUGUGUACAUCACUGACGACACAUACACAAAACGUGAAGUACUGAGAAUGGAGCAUUUAAUUUUAAAGGUGUUAUCAUUUGAUCUCUCAACACCCACCUCACUAGCUUUCCUGUCACAUUACUGUAUUUCUAAUGGUCUCUCAAAGAAGACAUUCCAUUUGGCAUCUUAUAUUGCGGAGCUGUGCCUACUUGAAGCAGACCCAUAUCUUCAAUUCAAACCCUCAGUAAUAGCAGCGUCGGCGCUGGCAACGGCUCGGCAUUGCUUACUAUGCGAGCAGUGCGCCUGUGAUCCUCAGGACGUAUACGAAACUAGAGACGCUCCGGGCAAGGUCAACCCGCAAUGUGCAAUGGUCGCGUGGCCGUCUACGUUGUCCACGUGUUCGGGAUACACUUUACUUGAAUUGGAAACAUGCCUUAAAGAAAUUGCUCGUACACAUUCCCAUGCCUCUGUUCAACCUUAUCAAGCCAUACCAGACAAAUAUAAGAGCAACAAGUUUGAAGGCGUGUCACAAGUAGAGCCGCGGCCCAUGUUCCCGGUGGGCAAGUACCAAGCCCCGGCCGCCGCCCGCCCGCCCCCAGCGGCCGACUCUGCGCGCGCCACCAGCUAGGGUCACUGUACAACCACACGAAAUGACAUUACGGCUCCAGGCUUUGAGACCGCAUAUCCGACAUCCUUGGCCAUGGCUAAAAAUAAUAUAAAGAACCCGUCUUGAGAUAAAAGACGGUGCGAGCUUAAAAAAAUAGUAAAUUCAAUUAACCGCCUCAUUUACUUUCAUAGGCCAGUCAACGGGCAAAGACUUAUAUGCAUUUGUAUAUGAAAAUGUAUUUUCGGACUCCUGCAUUUGUUUUAAUGGUUGGAACCGAGUGUGAGACGAGUGUCAAAUUGACAUUUUAAAUAUCGAAUUACGCUGUUGUAUACAUAAUGCUCAAUUCCCGAUUUACUUAAUUCAAAAGACGAAAAAUAUUAACUUUAGUAAGUUUUUAUUAGAUUACAUCAUAAUGUUAAUUGAGAAUUGGAUAUUGCAACUACCCGUAAGUAUACAGAACUAUGGUGAGUUACUCUUUCCUUAUAUAAUUGUCUUUAAUCUCUGUAAGUCUUGUUCUGUUUCCACGGAGCCAU